UUAAUCUCCCGCUAUAAUGAAAUUAUUGAUAUUGCAUUGACUUUUGAGUUUCUGCUCAGGAUGAGGUGAAUAUUCUGCAUUUCCACAAAGCAUUAAUAAGUUGGAAUCUGUAACUCGAUGUUCUCGAUGACCCUGAUCAGUAGUUGCAACAGUCGAAGUUGUGCAGUGUAUAUUGGCACUGCCCAGAGACUAGAGAUAUUACACAUGGCAUGUCCUUCCUGGAAACCUAGACAGCUGGAACAAUGUGCUGACUUGGCUAUGACUUUAAAAGUUGGACUUUAAUUCAUAGAACAACUCCUUCCCUUUUAUAAAAUCCUUGCCUGUGCUUAUUCAACUUAUUUUAUUGAAACAUUUUGCCAGGAUGGCUGAGUGCAGCUCCAACCAAAGCUAACAAAAAAUCACAAAUGUCCAAUAUAAGCGAGGAACAGAAACUGAUGAUUUAAAGGAACAAGAGUCAAACGUAGCCACUAUAAACAAGCAUUGUAAAAACCUGUUUGUCUUUAAAUAUUACUGUUCAUGUGCUGUAUGCUGUUUUGUAGUUACUAUAUAGCCAGUAUGCAAAUCAAAUGAUGCUAUAUUGAUGUGAAAGUUGCCCAAAAAGCUGUAAAAAAAAAAAAAAAAAAAUGUAAUGGAAAUAUAAAGGUAAUGGAAAGGAAGAGCUAUGACUGUUGAAAAGUCAUCAAUCUUAAAAUCCUGUUGGAUAGCAUGGCUGUUUGGAGCUUCCACACUGAGUGUGUGCUGAAAAAGCAAAGCCUUCCAUUAAAUUGUUUCCUGAACCUUGGGAACAUCCCUGUGGGGGAAGAAAAAGAGACAAGGGCUUUUCUUUUACGUCAAAUGGCCUUAGAGAGUUGGCCCAGUUAAAGUUCGCUGCCACACAUGUCAAAGACGUUGUUUGCAAAGGCCAGAGUUUAAGUGGAGAUCUUUUCAGCUGCGCUUCUCCAGGCUGUGCUAAAGUGCUGGAAUCACUCCUGAAGUUAUGUGCUGUGAAGACCGCUGAAGACCCCCGCUCUCUUCAGACUGCAUUCAUAACACCUGUAGCCAACCAGACAGAAGGCAGCGAGAUGAAUUUGGCCUGCGCUCAGCUGUUCUUCGCUGCCGCCUUGUGGACACUGCCGUGCAUGACCGCAGCAGUGGCGGUGAGCGGGGCAACAGAGCUGCUUCAUCUCCAUGAGGUCUCCAUGGAGGCUGUACUGAGGAACAGCAGCGACACCAGCGCACCUCGAGCGCGGCGGAAACGCUUCAUCUCCAGCAAAGAUAUGACGGCAUUACUGGAUUAUCACAACCGCGUGCGCUCACAGGUCUUCCCACCUGCAGCAAAUAUGGAAUAUAUGGUGUGGGAUGAGAGACUGGCUAAAUCUGCAGAGUCCUGGGCCUCUCAGUGCAUAUGGGAUCAUGGACCGACUCAUGUUUUGCGGUCCACUGGACAGAAUCUGUCCAUUAUCUCUGGAAGAUACAGAUCGAUUGUUGAUCUGGUAAGAUCCUGGUAUGAUGAGAGACACUCUUUCUCCUACCCCAAUAGAUGCGAUGGCUCUGUCUGCACACACUACACUCAGAUGGUGUGGGCCACCAGCAAUAAGAUCGGAUGUGCUGUCAGAAGAUGUUCAAACAUAUAUGUGUUUGGGAGUACAUGGAAACAGGCCACCUUACUGGUUUGCAACUAUUCUAUCAAGGGGAACUGGGUAGGAGAGGCUCCAUAUAAGACAGGAAAACCGUGCUCUGCAUGUCCCUCAAGCUAUGGAGGAUCAUGCAGUAAAAACCAGUGUGACUCCAGAUCAAAAUCCAGAAGAAAUGCAAGUGGUUUCAGAGGAUUAAAAAAAUACCUUUAAAAAUCUCUAAAAAAUAAUUUUAUUUUAUUAAAAAUGUUAUAUAAUAGAAACCACUAAAAUGUAAAUUUCACAAUGCAAAUUAUUCCGUGGUCAUUUUAUAAAACUUAAGUGCUGUAAAAUGUCCAAUUAAUCAAAUGUGUAAAUUCUUCUUGUGUUUAUCAUCACCCCAUAGUUGUCAAUUUUUUUAUUACUUUAUUAAGUUGUUUAAUGUUCUCCAUUUGUUGUUCAAGGCUAUGGACUAUUUUGCACUGUUUUACUUAUAAUUUGUUUUUACUAAGUGGCAUCGCAGUGACAAUUCACAUCGGGAGUUAAGCACUUUCUUUUAUUAUUAAUAUUUUUUCUUUUUGUACAUGUAAUAAAUUGUCUUUAGGAAAA